UGCAGGUCAGAGACCGAACAGCGUCGAGAGUUUUCAGACCAACGAAGUAAGGAAAAGUUUGAACAAGCGGACCUGUCGUCAGCAGAAACAAAACAAAAAACGACAGCUACAGCGUCUCGGUGUUCAGCCUGUCCCGGCCUGUGUGGAGCGUCUUCUGCGGGUGAGAGGCUGUACAAUCCUCGGCAGUGUUCUGAGACUGUACGGCCCAGAUCCCCCCCCCUCCCCUCCUCCUCCUCCUCCUCCUCCUCUUCAGACCAACACCAACACACUCUGCCUGGUUUCAUGGACUAAACGCAAGUUCACAGGUUGAAUGCUACGAUCUGUCACACUUUUCUUUUUUUUUUUCUUGCUUUGACUCUUAAAUUGGACUUAACAUAUAGGCCUAGACUGUCGGGGAAUUACAACAAGGAAAAGAAAUGACUGCCGAAAAGGAGAAAAAGAGGAACAGCUCAGAGCGGCGUAAAGAGAAGUCUCGGGAUGCGGCUCGCUGCAGGCGCAGCAAAGAGACCGAGGUUUUCUACGACCUCGCUCACCAGCUGCCUUUCCCCCACAACGUCAGCGCUCACCUGGACAAGGCCUCCAUCAUGAGGCUGGCUAUCAGCUUCCUUCGCACACGCAAGCUGCUCGCCACAGGCUCUAGCAGCAGCAGCAGUGGUGACAGUGAGGAGGACAUUCAGAUGGACAGUCUGUAUCUGAAGUCUUUGGAGGGCUUUGUCACUGUGGUAACGUCCGAAGGCGACAUUAUAUUCCUGUCUGAGAACAUCAACAAAUUCCUGGGGCUCACACAGGUGGACCUCACUGGUCACAGCAUCUUUGACUUCACUCAUCCAUGUGACCACGAGGAGAUCAGAGAAAACCUCAGCCUGAAAACAGCUGGCAGCAGCUUCAGUAAAAAAGGCAAAGAGCUGAGCGCUGAACGAGAUUUCUUCAUGAGAAUGAAGUGCACGGUGACCAACAGAGGACGCACCGUCAACCUAAAGUCAGCCAGCUGGAAGGUGCUGCAUUGCACCGGACACCUGAAGAUGUACACCAGCUGCCCUCCACGAGGGCUGUGUGGCUUCAAAGAGCCUCCACUCACCUGUGCUGUUCUGAUGUGCGAACCAAUCCCACACCCGUCCAACAUCGACACGCCGCUGGACAGCAAGACCUUCCUGAGCAGACACAGCAUGGACAUGAAGUUCACCUACUGUGACGAGAGGGUUACAGAGUUGAUGGGUUACACUCCUGACGAUCUGCUGGGUCGUUCAGUCUACGACUUUUACCACGCCCUGGACUCUGACAGCGUCACCAAGAGCCACCACAACUUGUGUACCAAGGGUCAGGCAGUGAGCGGUCAGUAUCGAAUGCUGGCUAAGGACGGAGGCUACGUCUGGGUUGAGACCCAAGGAACGGUGAUUUAUAACAGCCGCAAUUCCCAGCCCCAGUGCAUUGUGUGCGUGAACUACGUCCUCAGUGACAUUGAGGAGAAGUCGAUGAUUUUCUCCCUGGAGCAGACUGAGUCCCUGUUUAAGCCGCGCCACAUGAGCAGCUUCUUCUCCGCUGGAGGUGCUGGUGUGACCGCAGAGCCAGGAGACACCCUCUUCCCCAAAUUCAAAGAGGAGCCGGAGGACCUGGCCCAGCUGGCUCCAACACCCGGGGACACAAUCAUCGCCCUCGACUUUUGUGGCACUCAGUUUGAGGAGCCCCAGCAGCCAGCAGGAUACAUCCCAGUGUCCGUGUCAGCUAUGCCCCCUCCAGGACCUCGGACCUGGGCCAACGAAAGCCACCAGCCUUCCCCUCCUGUGUCAUGCCAAACCUCUGCUCAGGUUCAAAGAGACAUGGCUAACAUGGCCAGCACAUUCACCAUGCAGCAGAAUCCAUCACCCGGCAGCACUACUCCGAGCCUCAGCAGUUGCUCUACGCCAAGCAGCCCAGGCGAUUACUACAGUUCAUCCGAGAGUGACCUGAAGGUGGAGCUGACUGAGAAACUGUUUGCCCUUGACACUGAGUGCAACGGCGGUUCUGAAAACACUGAGAGGGACUUAAGUGACCUAGAUCUUGAGACUUUGGCUCCAUACAUCCCAAUGGACGGUGAGGACUUCCAGUUGAAUCCCAUCAUCCCAGAGUCGGAGCCCCUCGAGGGGGGUCCUGCAGGAUCCAUGGGGAGCAACAGCAGCUUGCCUCAAACGCACCAGGGCGCCCACCAGAGCUUCAGCAGCAUCGCCAGCCUGUUCCAGCCCCUUUCCUCUACACCUCAGGGCCAAGGUCACUACCAGCACCAGCCUGCUGCGUCCUGGGCCACAAGUGAGAAGAGGGGCUCCGGCCAGGGGACCAUAGACCCCUGCAUAGGGUCUUACAUGAUGGGGAACAUGCAGCAUCCCCCAUACCAGGCACCAGCCAGCACCCCUCUGUCCUCCAUGGGGGGCAGGCAGAACCUGCAGUGGCCACCAGACCCGUUGUUAACAUACCAACAACAACAAUCACGAAACACCAAGGGCUACCUGAUGGAGCCUUUGUCAGGAGAGGAGAGAUUGUCCUGCCAACAGAACAUACCACACAUGAUGCAGAAACAGAGGUCCAUUGACAACUUCGUACAAGCCUACAAAGACAUAAGUCCAGCCAGAGUGGCCAUGGCCAACAGUAUCAAGCGCUCCUUCACCCAGAUGGCUGUGGGUGAAAAUAAACCUUCAGACGUCAUGUGGAAGAAGAUGAGGGGGGACAGUUUUGGCAGCAUGGAUCGCUCCCUCAGUGCCGGAUCACUGGCAGAUUUAGGGCUGGAGAGGAUGAUGCCAGGCAGUAUGUCUUCAUGUCUGCAUCAACACAGGAAGUCUCAGUAUCCAGCAGCUGGGAUAGGUGGUGUUUUUGAGAAACACCUUUCCCAAAAGAGCUGCAACUAUUCCCAGUAUAACAAGACUGAGGGUGUUGCCAGUUGUUUACUGGGCACUUCCUUCGAGUCCUCCUACCUGCCGGAGUUGACCCGUUACGACUGCGAGGUCAACGUCCCUCUGCAGGGGACCCUGCACCUCCUCCAGGGGUGUGACCUGCUGAGAGCUCUGGACCAUGCCACCUAGAGCCCCGAUUCCGUAACCUGUUUGCAGCCCUAGACUUAAGCCUUUCUUUACAUUAAUACCUCUGGGCCCUCUGAGCGCCAUGAGGCUAAGCUACCUAUAGGGAAUGGUAUUCAUAACCACAUCCUGCCUUAUUUAGCUUAUUUGCCUCAGACCCACAAUCUGUCCCCUGUUUCUUCAUAGCUUUGUACAUAGACCAUCUACACAAGCUGAUAUAUCAGGGUUAAGCCACUUACACCCCUCAUUAGCGAAGCUUUGGACACCAAUCAGAGGCAGGUUGAGUGUACAACAAGUAUACAAAAGUUGCCCUACAUUGAAAAUAAGAUAUUGGUUACUCAGUGUACAAGAUGUACACAGGACAAAUACCUAUGUGCAAAAUGUUGCAACACUCUGUCUGCCCUGUGACAAAAAGCUGAAUUUGGGUAUUCGGUGUAAAGGGGUAAUAUUGCAGUGAGAUUCAAACACAUAACCUGCCUUAAAGUUGUCACAGCUGCAGCCAUUAACCUGUAGAGGCCACAGCCAGGCGAAUGAUAGGUUUGAAUACAAGCUUCAACCAAGUCUUACCCUAGACCUAGUCCAGGUCACAGACCCCUCACCCUGAUAUGUUCUCUAUGCAGCUCAGUCCCCAGCCCAAACACCUUUUCUUUAUCAGCUAAUCUUUUAGCUCUGAAGAGAAGGCACUAUACUACCUACAUAUUAACAAAACCAGCACUGUGUUUUACUUUGUGAUCAGCAUUUAGGCCCAGUCUACUUUUUCUCAUUUUAACUAAAGCGUUGAGGAACAGUUGGGUAUCAUGAACUGGUUCUGAAUUUUAACCAUUUUUGAAAAUAACAGGAAUCAUCAAAACAUGAAUUCUGCUUAUGUUUGUCCCUUCCAAAAGAUGCUUUUUAAAUUACUGCGGUGCAAUACGUUAAGCUCAAUGUAGCGAUAGUUCCAAAUAAGAUUCCAGGUAUUAAUUAUUAAUGUUGUUUUACUUUUUUUACUUUUACAGCAUGAGGCUGAUAGCAUUAGUUUACAAAUGUAUUGGAUAAUGAUCACCUUAAGUCAAGAAUUGUUGAUCCAAUUUUUUUAUCGCAUCGGCAGAUUUUUUUUUCUUUACAUCUAUUGGUUUUAUUUAAUUCUCCAACAAAAGCUAAGAACCAAAACUGAAUGAGAGUGAAUGAGCACAAUCAGGACCGAAAUGAUACCCAACUCUGCUCAGGCCUUUAAAUAGGACCGACACAAACAGGUCAUGGGCCUGCCUCUUCUCACCUGAGUCACUUUAUCAUAAUCACUGAUGUGUUUAAGUAACAGCAGAGUGCAGUGACUUCAUUCAGUCAGACUCUGAUUCUCACAACUUUCACAGUUUGGGUCAACUUUAAUGAUAAAUAAAUUCUUAUGUUUUGUUCAGUUAUUAUAUAUUCUAGUUUUCUGUCAUUGAAUUGAAGCAGUGUCGCUUUUAUUAGAGCUCCUCAUGUUAUUUAAUCUAAGCUGACGGGACACUUUACUUUAUCAAUACUGCUUUGUUUCUCCUCUUUGGCUUAUUUCUAUAUUUUUACUCCACCCUACCAGAUUCUUAUUUUUCAUGUCUGACUCACAGACUCACUAAUAAAUAUAUAUUGCAUUACAUGUACCUUACUGUAACUUAAUUUUUUUUUUUUUUCUAUCUUUUUUUGUUAAAUCUGUCAGUCAGGUAAGUAGCUUGUGUGACUACAGGGUUUUUUCUUAUCGUGCAAUUAUCUUAUUGAGCUUAAGCCUCUAUAGUCAGCAGCAAAGCUAGCUGUGUUCACCAAAAUGCAUAGCUUGUACAUAGAAUCAGACUUACACACAUUAAAAGAGUUUUGAUAUUGUAGACCCACAAAGACACUUCUCAGAGUACAGUAAAGCAGUGGUGUGAAAGGACCAUCCAAGGGUCAGGGGUAAGGCACCGAUCCUACAAGUAGGUUUCAUUUUUAUGUCAAUUUAUUUCAGUACAACUGUAGAGUUAUCAACUUUGCUGUCAAUUGCUGAAGACAGAAUAUGAACUUUUAAAAACAAAAAAGUACUCUAACCCAAAAUACCAUAUAAUAUACUGUAGGUCUUUAGCUGCCUACCCCUGAUACCAACCAAGAACGUAUUGCCGUGAACAAGUGUCACUACAAAUGGCAACAUGUCCUCAUACCUGCAGUUUUAGUGCCAGACUGUCACCUGGAACAUGUGGUUAACAUUGAGAAAUUGUCACAGUUUUUUAGACAGCAAAACAACCUUGAGAAGUUUAGAGUUUAGAUCAUAUGUUGGUCAUAAUACAAAUGUAGGUUGCAUUGCAAAUGUUACCUACACAAUUUAAGAAGUCACACAAUGCCUGUAGGUUUCACAAUGGACUUGAACCCUAGGCUCCUGUCUUCAGAAAAUCCCAUGUCAGAUUACCACAUUUUUGUAUUGUUUCUCCUGUAGGAACUGCUUAGGCCCUAGAGAUAGUUGCAGAUCCUAAACCACAAUAAAGUGGUUUUAAAAAUGUAAAGUUUGUCCGAUUUGUAUGGAAGUCUUUAGAAGGCUCCUUUAAGCUACAUGGAGGACAUUAAGUGGGAUUUGAAGGUCGUUUUGGCCAAUCACAGGGGCGAAUUAGAUGUGCAAUAGGGGGGGUUGAAAAAAAAAAGGCAUUCUGUCUGAACUGAGUAAUAAGUAUUUCUGCUCAUCAGAACCAAAGAAUAGAGCAGUUCUAAUAACUUUGAUUUCCUUUGGCUUGAUAUUAGGGCAAAAUGUAAAAAUAUAAAAAAUAAAGGCUUCUUAAGCUUUUAAUCAACACAGGCCAUGAUGGUUGCCCCCAACCCCAACCCAUUGUCUUUUGACACCACUGCACAAAGCAGGCAGUGUAAGGUCACAUGACAGCAUAGAAGUGCAUGAUCACUUCCUCUUUCACACUACAGUAUAAGAUGUAUAUAGCAGCAUUAGCAUUAGCAUUAGCCUUGGUCUGAGUGCAGCACAGCAGCCUGGGAAGUGACUUUAAUGUAGAGUGUUUGUAUAAUUUGUAAGGAUAAUAGGACAAGGCCAGUUUUUGUUAUAAUUAGAUACACUGCGGCUGCCAAUAUUAAAAAGCUUUCAGUUGAGUAUUAUUAGUCAAAUUAAUACACGAUGGACUAAGGCUAAGGUCAGAUCAUUUUUCAAACUACAAAAUCUAAUGUUCAUCAAAAUGAUGUCAGUAAUAUAAUCAACAGUAUGCCUUCAGUGAAAACACUUGUUUCCCUCUCUUCUCUCCUAUCCUGUGCUCAAAGUGUUUUUCUUUUUUUUUUUAUUCUCAUUUUUUGAGGUUAAUGUCAUUGUGUGGUGACCACUUUUCUGUAUCACUUAUAGAGCUUUGUACACAUAUAAGUUACGUAUUUAAAAGAAGACAAAACUAAUGUUUCGGAUAAUGUUUUAAGUGUUUAUGUGUCCUGGUACUUUGUCCUUAUCUAAACCCCCUCAUUUUAUGCAGAUGGAUCAAAUCCCUCACAGUGCUGAUUCCUCUCAUGCUGUUUCUGUUUCUGUGUCGUGGCAUUUAGUUUUUAGUUUUUUAGUCUGUUGGAUGGGCAGUACUGUUUUUAGUUCAUGCUUUUAAGAAGAUAAAACAACAAAAAAUAAAAAAUAAAUAAAUAAAAAAAGAGUUUAGAUUAAAGAUGAGUAUCAGUUUUCUAAGUUUCACUUUUAAGAUAUGUAGCAUUUGGUUGAAGAAGGUGGAGUUGCCACAUCAUUAAUCACAUAGUUUUCAAGUUGCAUUAUGUAAAGCAAUGGUGCUUCACUGACUAUAUAAGUGUUUUUUUUUGUUUUGUUUUUUAGAACUUUUAUUGCAGCUCUCGGAUCCACUAACACUUUAUUGUAACGUUCUCCACUUUAUGUUUUUGCUGAAAUAAUCUUUAAAGGUAAUAUCCAUCCAUACAAUGUGCCUUAUCAUGACUUUUUGUCUCAACAUGAACUAGUCAACCCUUCAAGUGCACAGCUUGUUCCCCGUCAACCAGUAGAAGACUUACAUCAACUCUCGGGUCUAUUUUGAAAUUAAAUCCAGACGUGACAUUGUUUAUGUGAGUUAAUUGAAAUUUGUAAAGAGGAAAAGAAAAAGAGCAAGAAAUACAAUUUAUGAAAUUUGAUGAUUGUUGUCAGCUUGACGCAUUGACUACUUCUUUAGGUGGAAAAUCUGAAAAACAUUGAAAAUUGUGGACACAAUGUCACAGUUCAGGCUGAUUUUCAAAAGAACCCCGUUAAGUUUCGUAGUCCACAGCUCCUUCAUAGCCUACUUUGAUUUAUUCAUUUAGAUCCAAAUAAAACAGCAAUGUAAUUAAGGAUAAUAGAACAAAAGUUGAACCCGGUUAGAGUCCAUCAUAGAUCUCCUGGUGAUGAUGAGUCAAAGUUUGUUUAAAAGGUCUUGAAGGGAAUGGAUUCACCAGCUCAUCAAACGACCUGACAGUCGGUUUGUUGAUGGAGCUGCUUGUUGGUUCUUAGGAUUAGUUGAAAAAUAUUGAUCAUACAGAAGUAGUUAUCCUGGGAGGGUCAGGAUUCAGAGGUCAAAUAUAACGGGUGCUUUGCUUGCAUAUUGUGCUUGAAUCAAAUUCUCAAGUGGAUUUAAAAAAAAAAGUUGGGAACAUUAUCAGGCCAGGAGUUGAUCCUUGAACACAAACUAAAGCCCUGUUAAUGAUUGAAAAUUGAAUAUAGGCAGUGAAAUAGUUUGAACAGUUCUGAACAUAUGGAUAGAAACGAUGUUGAGUUGAGUGACACAUCAAGAGAGAUGCAUCCUGCUCAGCCUGCCCACUGACGCAAAUCUCUCAACUUCUGUACUCGACAGAAUCUCUCUUAUGUUCGAGCUCUUAGCAGACCUCUCAUCGCCUUAUUUAAAGACUCAGGAGCACAACUUGUUUUCUGUCCUGAUAAUUCAGCUACAAAGUUUGACGUUUUUUGAGCAACAGUUCUCAUUUCAAUUGAAAACCUAAAAUGUAAUACUUUUUAUUACAAGAUCAUGUAUAGUAUAAUAUUUUGAAAUGUCUUGUGUUCUACACUGUGAUAAAUUACAGGGUAAUAUAGAAUUAUCACUUAAGUUCUGGAAAACCAAGACGUUUAGCGCUAUAUAAAAUGUUUUGAAAUAUGCACAUGGAAGGAGAACAGCACCUCAGAAGGACUUUUUAGCAAAUGAUGAGAUUUAAUCAAAUUGUGUUUAUGUAUGUGUAAAGAGUUGGCUAGAUGGAUGUUGAAUUUUAAAAAUAUAAAUUAUGGCAGAGAGAAAGCCCCGCCCCUUUUUUUGCUUCUCCUUUAAAUUCACCGAGAUGAUACACAAAUGUAUCAUUUUUUCAUUGCGUCAUUCUGAACCAAAAAAUAACAUUUACAUGUUAGCAUUCAAAUCUACACUUUUGUGAGUGUUUUAGCUUAAUAAGAGAUUCAUUCAUUUUUUUUUAGCUAUGCACUUAUCCAUAAAUGUGUGACCAAUUCCUAGGGAUUUGUAUAAAUUACUCAGAAAGAGAAAAAAUUACAACUUUUUGAAUUUAGCAUUGAAGCUAAGCUAAAAAAAAAAGGGGGGGGGGGGGGCGUGGCUUCAGCUCUGUAUUUUAACUCUAGACGGCCUAUCACCAGUCCCAAUAGUGCAAAACAAACUGUGCCGCUUGAAGGGUUUCCCCCAAAUCAAAGGGGAUUAAACGUUUCAGGUUUAAUCCACUCAGUCAUUGCUCUUCCUCUUUAAAGACGAUAUCAGCAUUUUGUCUCGUGUCUUUUGUAACAAUGGGUUUUCCUCUUUUUCCUCACGGGAUCCAUGAUCAGCUACUUGUUUCUGUUUUUGUCAUACAGUACAGUUAUUAGCUGAUUCUGCUUUUUUUAUAGGUUUAAUAUCUGUAAUGCUCUUGUUAUUAUCAUAUAUUGCUAUCAUUGUUAUUGUUAUACAGGGACUUAUGCCCGAUAAGAAGUUUGUUUUUCUGCACUGAUAUCUUAUUAAUAAAGCAUACUGAUCUUAACCUCC